AUGAUUCAUUGUUUUCGUGUAACACUCGGUGCUCCGUGCAAUACCUCCCUGUGUUCACAGAUCACCAAUGCCUUCAGCACACCCUCCAAGGACCCCUUCUCAUCUGCCCCAAUGACCAAACCAGUGACGGUGAUAGCACCACAGUCUCCUGCCUUUCAAGUAUUGCCCAUUGCUAAUGGCACUGACUCAGCCUUCCAUGUGCUUGCUGCUAAGCCAGCCCAUACUGCUCUAGCACCCGUAGCAAUGCCUGUGCGUGAAACCAACCCCUCCCACGCCCCUGAUGCUGCUAACAAGGGAAUUGCAGCCACACGUUCAGGGACUGAGUGGGGUCAAUCUUCUGGUGCUGCAUCUCCAGGUCUCUUGCAGGCUGGUCACAGACGCACUCCCUCCAAGGCUGACCGCUGGUUAGAAGAGGUGUCCAAGAGCGUCCAGGCGCAGCAGCCCCAGGCCUCAGCUGCUCCUCUGUAGCCAGUUCUCUAGCCUGCUCCACCCACUUCCAUGACCCAGCCAGCACCGCCUUUCCAAGGGAACGCGUUCCUCACCUCUCAGCCUGUGCCAGUGGGCGUGGUCCCACCCCUGCAGCCAGCCUUUGUCCCUGCCCAGUCCUAUCCUGUGGCCAAUGGGAUGCCCUAUCCAGCCCCUAAUGCGCCUGUGGUGGGCAUCACUCCCUCCCAGACGGUAGCCAAUGUGUUUGGCAUUGCAGGCCACCCUCAGGCCGCCCACCCCCAUCAGUCUCCCAGCCUGGUCAAGCAGCAGACAUUUCCACAGUAUGAGAUGAGCAGUGCUACUGCCAGUCCCUUCUUUAAGCCACCUGCUCAACACCUCAACGGUUCUGCAGCUUUUAAUGGUGUAGAGGAUGGCAGGUUGGCCUCAGGAGAUAAGCACACAGAGGUUCCUGCAGGCACCUGCCCAGUGGAUCCUUUCAAAGCCCAGUGGGCUGCAUUAGAAAGCAAGUCCAAGCAGCGUACUAACCCCUCUCCCACCAAUCCUUUCUCCAGUGACUUACAGAAGACGUUUGAAAUUGAACUUUAAGCGGUCUCUAUGGCUUAUGUAUUUUGUCUGUACUUAGCAAGGGCAGGGGCAGAGGUCAAAGGAGCAAAGGGAACUUUGUGUUCCCAGUCAGUAUACUUUUCACCAAUCCCAAAGGUCUCAAGGCAUGUCCAGGCAGAGAGUGCUAGGAGAGGUGAUUUUGAAAAAAAUGGAAAAAACAUUCCUAGAGAAGAGCUGUCUUGCAGUUAGGUUAAAGAAGUCAAGGAAAUGUUGCCCUCUGUCCCCCUCCUACUCCCUCAGCCCCUUA